GACAAUCGCCUCCUUCCCGUGAGCUUCAGCAAAGGUCUGGAGCUGCCAACCUCUGGGUUCACCCCGCCCAGGGAUGAAAAAAGAGCUGCCCCGAGGGAUGCAGAGGCGCUGUCGGCAGAGGCUGGAUCAGCCAUGGGACAGGCGGGGGCCGCCCUGGCUUGCCACUUUGGAUUUCAGCUGCAGCUCAUGUGCUGGUCCUGCUCCACCUCGCUGCCCCCUGCCCAGGGCCCCGCGUGGGCUUUCGGGGAGCUGUUCCCUUUGCCCAGCCUUACCCGAGGGCAGGAGGAGGCGGCAGAGGGCUGGCCGCCCCGCAGCGGCUCCUUCUGGGUGCGAGCGGACAAACUUUCCACCACCCGCUGCCUGGUCUCCGAAGCUUUCCGCCCCGGAGGGCGCUUCUCUCCCUGGAGACCAGAAGCCACAGGGCGAGUUUCCAUCCGUCCGGGCAGGCACCCUCGCUUCGCCGGCCCUCACCACCGGCCCGGGACCCGCAGCACAGGGAGCGUGACCCCGGGCCCUGCGCGCUGCGGACCGCCGCCCCGCCCCCGCAGGCUCGCAUCCCCAGCGCGGCCAAGGGCGGUGGCGGAGCUGCACGACUCGGGACCGCGGCCCGCCACGGCCGCGAGAAAGCCUCGAAAGAGCCCGCGGGGCGAGAAGCGGCGGGGAGCGGCGCGGCCCCGCCCGCACCCCCAGCCGGCCCCUCGGCGCGAGAUCCGCCCGCAGGCCGCGGCCCGGCGAGGGUUAAGCGGGGCGGGGCGUGGGGCGGCCCCGCCUCCGCCGCCGCGCCGGUCCGAGCGCACUGGGCGCGGGGGCGGUCGGAGCGGGCGGCGGCGGCGGCGGAGGCGCGGCUGCGGCGGACGCGGGAGCGCGGCGGCGCGGCCGCGUGACCCACCGCCGCGCCCCGAUGCGCGCCCGCCCGCUGCUGCUGUGCUGCGCCUGCGCGCGCCGCCGCCCUGCGCCGCGGCCGCCCCGACGCCGCCGGGCUGGGAGCCGGCCCCCGACGCGCCCUGGUGCCCCUACAAGGUGCUGCCCGAGGGCCCCGAGGCGGGCGGCGAGCGCCUGUGCUUCCGCAGCCCCGCGCGCGGCUUCCGCUGCCAGGCGCCCGGCUGCAUAACGCACGCCUCGGCCGGCCGCUCUCUGCGCGCCGGCGUCCUGCGCAACCAGAGCGUGCUGCUGCAGUGGCGCCUGGCGCCGGCCGAGGCGCGCCGCGUGCGCGCCUUCGCGCUCAACUGCUCGUGGCGCGGCACCUACACGCGCUUCCCGUGCGACCGCGUGCUGCUCGGGGCUUCCUGCCGCGACUACCUGCUGCCCGACGUGCACGACGGCGUGCGCUACCGCCUGUGCCUGCAGCCGCUGCCGCUGCGCACCGAGCCCACCGCCGCGUCGGAGCCCGCCCAGCCCGGGGAGUGCGUGGAGUUCGUCGCCGAGCCGCCCCGCAUGCGGGAGAUUGUGGUGGCCAUGACGGCGGUGGGCGGCUCCAUCUGCGUCAUGCUCGUGGUCAUCUGCCUGCUGGUGGCCUACAUCACCGAGAACCUCGUGCGCCCGGUCGGGCGCCCCGGGUUGCGCAGGCAUCAUCGCUGAAGCGCCCAAGGGGCGCAGCGUGCCCCAGGGCCCUCCGUCCGCCCUCCUCUCAUUCCUAGUCCCUUGAGAUCCUCACGGAGAGCCUGCCUGCCGGAGACGAUUAGGAUGAGACGCCUGCCUGAGCCCGGACCUUGGCAUUGUCACACGCCCUUACCAGCUGGACGUCCUCCUCUCAGACUCUGACUCCAGACUGGCCUGUGGGCCGGG